AUGGCGCUCUUCAAGCCAGCUGCCAACAAGCUGCGGAGCUGGAGGAAGCUGUGUCUUCACAGGCCCCGGACAGACCCUAGCGCGUCCCCAGUCCCACGACCGGCGCCGGCCGGUCCACCGCAGGACCCGCCGCACCACGAAACGCCUGCGCUGCCAGACGCGCUCCGAGCCCAGGCGACCCCGAUCCAUCAGCGCGUCUGUCAGCCCAACUCUUCCAGACUCUUCUCUGUGCUCCACAGAGGUCCGCGUACCCCAAGCCUCGACCCUCACGGUCUUCAGUGGUACCUGGCUGGCCCGCACAGAACCCGGAUUUUGAGAUACUUAAUAAUUCACUGGAAGUCUGAAACAGAACUGUCAGAGGGCGCAUUGCUAGAAGGGCAGCUAACCAUUUCCAUAGAGGCAUUGAGCUCGAAGCACUUGCCGAAUUCUCUUCAUUGUGCAAUAACUAUUGCUUCUACAGGAAGUGUUCAUGGUGGCCUGGUCUUCAAGAAGUUUCUACAAGAAAUACAACCUGUGCUGCCCCAGUUCUCUGCACAGCUGACUUGGGCUUCAGAGGAGGGUGACCAUUCUCAAGAAACAUCAGGCAGAACACCAUUCCAGAUGAUUUUUAAGGUUGAUGAAAGUCCUCGAAGUUUGAUGACAGACUGUCUGGUUAUAAAGCAUUUUUUACGAAAAAUCAUCAUAGUUCAUCACAAGCUCAAGUUUAAUUUCAGUUUAACGGUGAAUGGGAUCCAUUCUGCAGAGAUCUUUGGGGCAGAAAACGAACCGACUUUGAGACUGUCCAAUGGCAUCACGCUUGCUGUGGGCUUUCAGCAUUAUGUGAGUAAGCCAAAGUUGAGUUCCAGUGGGUCACACUGCAGCAGAAUCCACCCUGUGCUCGGACAUCCAGCAGUGCUGUCCGUCCCUGACAGCAUGGCCGACAUGGGCUCGGUGGGCAGACUGACACUGACUCCAGUUGCUGCUCUGUGCCCCAGCCCCAAGGGCUUCUCCAGCCAACUGAACAGGAUUUCUUCAGUUUCCAUAUUUCUGUAUGGACCUUUGGGUCUACCUCUGAUAUCAGAUCAGGAGCAGCCAAGUACCACUGUCUUCAGAGAUACCUCUUAUUUCAUUGACUGGAAGAAACACAAUUUGUUUAUGGUACCCACUUUGGAUCUCAAUUUGGAUACAGAUUUGGUGCUUCCAGAUGUGUGUUACCAAGUGGAAUCCAGUGAGGGGAAUCAGUCUCAGGUUAUGGACUCACAGGGACCGGUUCUGCUACUUUUCCUAUUUGUAGAUUUCCACAGUGGAUUCCCAGUCCAGCAAGUGGAGAUCUGGGGACUCCAUACUCUGCUCACAGCUCAUCUCAGUGCCAUCCUCUCAGAGAGCCGCAGCACAGUGCAAGACUCCAUCCACUCAGCCGUGGACCAGGUCUUGGAGCGGCAUCACCAGGCUGCCCAGGCUCAUCAGAGACUGCAGGGCUCCCUCUCUGUGGCUGUGAACUCCAUCAUGAGUGUGCUGACUGGAAGCACCUGCAGCAGCUUCAGGAAGACAUGCCUCCAGGCUCUUGAGGCAGCUGACACACAGGAAUUUGGGAACAAACUGCAUAGAAUAUUUUAUGAUACCACCCAGCACCGACUUCGACACCACUGCUCAUGUGACACAGAACAGCACCCGACUGCAGAGAAAAGGCAUCCUGCCCAGAGUACCGAAGGCUGGCAUGAGAAUAUCGGCUCCGAGUCUCUUGUAGAGACCAGCGGGCAAGCAGAAAACAAGAAGCUCAAGAGAAGCCCCAACCAGGGCAAGGAAGAAUCGCAAGCUCUCUGCCCCGCUAGGGAUCUGAGCCCUCCAGAGUCCGCCACGGGUCACCACGAGCCCACCGUGGCCUCCCCAAAUGCCAGAGGAUCGCAGGCCCAAGCGGCCCACGGCAGGGUCCCCGCGGCUGACGCAGCGAGCCCCGCCGGCGGCCUGGAGGUACUAUGGCGAGCGCGGGGUGGGUGCGGGCCUGGGCUGCUGCCGCUGGGUCCUCACCACUGUCUCCUCUGCUCCCGCAGGACUUGUGGCUGCAGGAGGUCUCCAAUCUGUCCGAGUGGCUGAGUCCGGGGCGCAGGUUCUAAUCGCCCGCCACUGAGGAUCCCAGCGGGCCAAAGAAGCCCGGGACACGUGUGUCAUGCCUUCUGGGGUUCAAUAAAGCUGCUGCAAGCACA